GGGGCGGGGGGAGGGGUCGGGGCCGUUCGGUGCGAACUGCUUGGGGGGUGCCGAUCCCACUGCUGAGGCCAUUGAUGGCGAUAAUAAAGAGUGCUGGGCCCAGCACUGACCCCUAAGGGACGGUGCUCUUCGCUGAUAUCCAUCCGGACAUUGAGCCGUUGGCCGCCGCUGGGAGAGCAUGCCGGGCCUUCCUGAGGCAGGUGGCCUCAGUGGCCCUUCCCUUGCCCGCCGGUGCAGUGACACCAUCACAAGCUGCUGGGUGCUCGGGCCGUGCUGGUUGUCUCGUAUCGCCUCUCCCUUUUCCAUGUGCCUUCGUACAGCUUCCAGGAGGAGCGUGGUCUCCAGGAGGAAGCCGUGCAACUUUGGCCUGUGUAGCAGCAGAUGCAAAACAAGCAUUGGGACUUAGGGCAGGGUUAGUGAAGGUGGCAUCUCAUAACGUUCUCUGCAUGUGUGCUGUGUGCUUUGGGCGCCAAGUUUGCGAAGUCUUGAUCACUGAUAAACCUGAAAAUGAUUCAUGCUGGAGAAGGCCUCCGAGAUCCCCAGGCCAUCCCCACUGUGUCCCCAAGUGCCACAUCUCCGCAGUUCUUAACACCUCCAGGGAUGGGGUCUGCACAUUUCUCUGGGCAGCCUGUGUCUGACCAAGAUGAAAGCCUUUAAGGAUGGAAUAUUAAAUUUACCAAGGUCGGCCCCAAUCUCGGUGCUGACUAUUCUGCAUGUUUUGUUGAGCCCGUGUAAUUAUGUCGUUUGUCUGUAACCAAAGCAGCUCAACAGAAAAUCGCAAUCCGUGGUGGCGGAUCAGAUGGUCAUUACCACCUGACAGGCAAGGGAAGAGCUUCUGUAUCGGCCAUUUGCUCAGAAGAGUUGCAGACAACUUGCUUGUGGAGCAAUCUACAGCUCUUGCAGCGCAGCUGUAAUGUAGUAUUUUCUGAAGAUAGCUUUUUAGGCUUGCACAUAGCCUCGCUGUUUUCUUCCCCAACUUUUACUCUUGGAGUGCCGGCUUCUGUUUCACACUGAGUCUCUUGUACCUGUUUCUGUAACAUAGAAAAGCUGCUGGACCGCCUCCUCUGCAAGAAGGAGUAACCCUUUUGGGUACCAGGAUGGCAGCUCGGCGCGCGCUGAAAGCUGUCCUGGUGGAUCUCAGCGGCACGCUGCACGUCGAAGACUCGGCCGUGCCGGGUGCGCAGGAAGCUCUUAAAAGGCUGCGUGGUGCUCCAGUUACAAUUCGGUUCGUGACCAACACCACCAAAGAGUGCAAGAAGGACCUGCUGGAGAGGCUGACCAAACUGGGCUUUGACAUUGCAGAACAUGAAAUCUUCACGUCUCUGACGGCAGCCAGAAAUCUUCUGGAGCAGAAGCAGGUGCGGCCACUCCUCCUGGUGGAUGAGAAGGCCCUGCCUGAUUUCACAGGGAUCGCCACUGAUGACCCCAAUGCUGUGGUUGUAGGACUGGCUCCUGAGCACUUUCACUAUGAGAUGAUGAAUAAAGCUUUUCAGUUGAUUUUGGAUGGCGCUCCUCUUAUAGCUAUACAUAAAGCUAGGUAUUUCAAGAAAAAAAAUGGCUUGGCUCUGGGACCUGGACCUUUCGUAGCUGGACUGGAAUAUGCCACGGACACCAAAGCAACGGUGGUGGGAAAGCCAGAGAAAACAUUCUUCCUGGAAGCUUUACGAGGGACCAGCUGUGCCCCAGAGGAGGCUGUGAUGAUUGGUGAUGACUGCAGGGAUGACGUUGGUGGGGCCCAGAAUGCAGGCAUGCGUGGGAUUUUGGUCAGGACUGGUAAAUAUCGACCAGCGGACGAAAACAAAAUCAAUCCAGCUCCUUACUUAACCUGCGAGAGUUUCCCAGAGGCGGUAGAACAUAUCCUGGAGCAUCUGCUGUGAGAGACUGAAUAGCUGGAAGAAACAUCUGGUUCAUGUAAUUUCCUUUAGUCUUGCUUCCAAAAUUAAGGUCACAGGAUCAGUGCAUGCUCAUCAGAAGCCUCGCCAUAAGCUCCUUCCCCUUGAGGUGUGGAAGGAAGAGGAGCGGUGCGUGGCCCCAGCGCGGUCACAACACAGCCCUUUUCCUGCAGUCGUUGCAUGAGGCAGUGAUUAGGGACACUAAUGCUCACUCAGCAGGUCAGAUAGCACAGGAAGGCUACAGCACAACUGCUUUCCUGAAGGGUGCAGGGAACGUGGUAGAGAGUUCCUUUUAUUUUCCAUUUUCACGAAACAGCUGGUAUAAAGCCCACUCCAAAAAGCAUUAAGGAUGAACUAAACUGGAAAACCCACUGGAAACACUCAAACUGUGAAGUCUAACAGCACUUUAGUUAGUCUGCAGCGAUCUCUCUGUUCUAAUUUAAAAGCAGAGAUGAGAACUUCUAGAAGUGACUCAUAUUAAAAUAUCAGCGCUGUUAAUAAUAACUACUGUUAGCAUCUCUACUCUCAUUGGAGCAGAUUCUGGGUUUUUUUUUUCAGAUUUUACAUAAAAUUAAAACUGUCAGCAGCGUACAGAUGUUUUAAUUAGAUGCUGUUAUUAAAAAGAAUGGUACACAAACAAAAAUCUGGUAUUAAAUGCCUUAGACUUUGAAUUUUUAAAGUAAGUUAGACUUCAGCAGGGUCCUAUUAACGCUACAGUUCCAAAAUUUCACUGUUGUUGGGUUUUUGUUUCUUUUUAAUGUUAUGGGAAAAACCCUUCAUAAGCCAUGGGGACAUAUUCAAGUUUUUACACAGUUGGUUAGUAGAGCUGUAAAAUGAAAUUUAAUUCUGUAGUGUGCAUUGCUUCUCCUCUGUGUUAAACACACCAAUAUGAACCAACUCUGUAAUGAUGGGAAAUAGCUUUUCUGGUCCAUUUGCAAACUGUAAUAAUCAAAGUCCUUUACAGUUGUUUUACAGUGCUCCUGAGUCUUAAAUUACUAGAUUGUAAUUAUACAGCACUGGAGUAUUAAGCUUAUUGAAAAUAUAGGUUUGUGUUAAUGAGCCAUGCUCAUUCUUUGUUAAGAAAAAUCAUUGUGAUGAAUGAAUGGGAAGCUUGCCUUAAAUGAAAGAUGGUCUGGCUGCAGUCAGGUGGUGGGUUACUUACAGUUAGGUUAACCUACAGCUGUGAAUAAAUUUAAACACCUGCUGUUCUGCCAGCACUUCUGAA